AACAAAGUGCGAAAAUGGGGGCAUUUUUUUUACGAAUUCACCCAAAGUAUCCGCACUAUUGGAAUUCCCCGGCCUCUCUCAUCUCAUGACAGCGGCGGCGCUCCGCCUCCCUCCUCCCCAUCCUCUCAAUUUCCGGCGAUCUUCCUCGAUCCCAAACCCAAACCCUAACCCUAACUCUCAUAAAAGAAGCCUCAAAGUUUCAGCAUCCAAGAAGUAUGCCGUCCUUGGAGCGGGCUUCGCUGGAUUAUCCGUCGCCUGGCACCUCCUUAAGCAUUGUCCUAAGGAAUCUCACAUGCACAUAGACAUCUAUGAUGAAGUUGGGAUAGGUGGUGGUGCCUCGGGUGCUUCUGGAGGAUUACUCCAUCCGUACUCGCCUAAAGCUAAGGUUUUAUGGAGAGACGUCAAUUUUUAG